UACUCGGCUUUCUUGACAGGUGUUGUUGCUGCUGCUGACCUGAAGUGUGCAUCUGCGGGCUUGGCAUGCGACGCCAGCUGCGAGUGAGCCAUGUUUAUGAUUGCCAUCGGCGCGAUCUUCACGAUUCAGGUACGUGCAUUAUGCACCGCUGCGACGUUUGUCAUUGAUGGGGCGCCACAUGCACUGGCGACUCGAAUGGCGAAUCACUCGUCCGACUUGCAAGACUCGAUCGAUAUCAUCCAGGCCUCCAGCAGGCCCUCAGAUGUGCUAGGCUCUGCUGACCGUCCAAGCAGCUCGCACAGAAGAAAGCAGAGAAAGCUGUGCAAGCUUCCUUAAGCAAGCAAGCCAAACUUGAAGCGUCUUGUCGUGUUGGCAUGAUAUUGAUACCCUGCAUA